AUGAGAAAUCCAAAUGCGUUCCCGCGAGAACAGCAGCCAUUCGAGGCCCUUCGCAUUCAUGAUAUCGUACGGUUGAUCAUUUCAUAUACUGAUACUCCAUCUCGUACUUCCUUGAUGAGAGUUUCGUCUUUGUUCAAUGAACUCGUUCCUCCGUUUUUAUAUGGAGAUCUGAUCCUCUCUAAAACCUCGUCAUCACAAUUUUUCCGGGGUAUGGAAGAUGAUCCUGAAGCAAUAUUUAGGAAAGCUCGAUAUUUAGAUCACGUUCAAUCAGUUACGUUCCUCGAUGUCCCUUCUUUCCAAUUUAUCAAAACUACUAAAAUGCUUAUGGAAAAUUACGAGGCAAUGGAUAUUGGACAUUCCAUCUUCCCUAACGUUAAGAGAUUGAUUUUCACUUCGAAUAGUAUCAUCCAAUUAACCACUUUCAGAGAAGAACAAGGUAUCCCUCAUCCAUUCAUUGAUAUACUGAAAAUAAUCUUUCGACCACAUCAAAUGUGCAUCACUGAUCCUGUACUUCGGGUGGGUGAUUACACUGAUUACAUCUCCAGCAAAGGCGAAAAUACCAAAUACUAUCAUGCGAAUGACGUAGACUCACUUGACAAAAUUGUUAAUCAAUAUAAAAAUUAUGAACGUCGCUUAUUAAGAGAAGAAUUCAAUAGCCUGAUUCUUCUCUUCUCCAAAACAUUAUAUAGCUUGACACUUCAUCAAGUAGGAACAUCAACACAAAUUCCAACUUGGACGCCUAUAACCAAUAUUUUCUUCAGAUCAUGCGAAUGUGAAGGUAACUCAAAGAAUCGACAACACUGUUAUUCUCACACUAAUUCGAGUAAUAGAAAAACUCAGUUAAAAGAUCUAGCAAGAAAUACGAACAUGCGAGAUGAUAAUAGCUGUGUGCGUGGUGUCAAAUCGGAGAAAAGAAAGUGGAAGCUGAUAAACCCAGUCGUAUGGGAGGAUAAUACAAAGAGCCGAGGCAGACUAAAUCGCCUUUUGACUGAUGAAGAGAGUGGUUGGAAAGAGGAAAACAUCGAACUAUUAGGCUGGGACGAAGCGGAAGCGUGCGGUUGCUGUGGAAGUAAAGAAGGUUAUUGA